CUGUGUUUUUUUCCUCCCCGACGUUUCGCUUUUGUUCGCGACUUAGGCCUGUGGGACUCUCGACCAUUUCUCUAGAGGUGGCUUUUCGCCCUGAGCCGUUUUUCUGUUGCGUGCCCCUGGACUGGGAAAUGGCGUCCCGGGGGGCGAAGAGGGCGAAAGACCGUCCGUGGCGACUUUUCUGCGUCGCCCGGAUCCACGGGCAAUAAGAGCAGUUCUUGCUCAAGCAGGUUUGGUUCAGCCACUUUUGAUCCUGACAGGGCGUGCUCUUUGUAAUCGCCGGGUCGGCUGUCGCAUUAUAGGCUGUUCAAGUGACGGAGCAGGGGGUCUCUCUACUCAUCGGACUGGACUAUGCUCCAGCCGGACAGGAUAGACAGGAACGUUGUCAACGAUUUCUAUGCCAGCAUUGACACGAACAGGCCAGGAGGUGUAGAAGAGUUUGUCAAGUUGCAGCGCGAGGACUACCACCUCUUGAUUGGUAUCACAAAGCAGAGCGUUCUCUUGGCGGCACGAGGGAUCGGAUUUCCGCAUAAUUAUAGUCGUAGAGCUGCGUUUCAGGCACGUGGCCAGACAGAUUGGAUCACUCCGCUGCAUGGCGAUGACCUGACUGGUUACGAUUUUGCAGAACAGAUCAAGAUGUGGAUGAGAGACAGCGGGAAUGAGGCAUGGUCCUUGGCAGAAGUUUGGCUUCCCAGAAGGAACAGUGGUGUUGGAACGGCUGAUGGUUGGGAACUAUGGUUAUCUUCAGAUUUCGCAAGACUCACGCCGACAUCAAGCUGUUCAUGUUACACAAACGAAGGUGGUUGCCGAACAGUGCGUGGCAACGAAUAUUUGUCGAAGCACGGCAUACUCAAUACAUACAUCUCGCAUCGGUUUCGGGUUCUGACGACGUGGGCGUUUAUGUUGCGUUGUUCGUUGCCGUUGUGUGAGCUUGGCUUCAUUCCUAGGUCGGCGGCCUUCUCAAUGCCAGCGUUGUUCGCGUAGUACAUAAAAGAGCAAAAUUGUGCUGCGUUCAACUCUCGAGACAACAAUUCCGCGCAAUAUUCGAUGAAUGUGUCAGUUGGAUCGCCGUCGUCGUCGAUGUCCCCCUCGGGGCUAUCCGACAUUUGCCCGUCGGCCACCAUUGCGUCCAGUCGAUCCUCCUAUGAGUGCAGCCUCGGCGCGCCUACAGCGCAGCAUGGCCGAUCUUCCCAUGCAUGUGCUGGCAUACAGGCCACGAACCAGAGCUAUAUCACAUGUGCUGAUGCGUGUCACGCUGGAGCCCAAAUUGCUACGGAGGGUCGAACGCACGAACGCCAAGGGAAAUUGUCUGAAAAGGGG